AUGGCAACUCCCGGAGCCCAGGGGACAUCGCGUAAGACGAAUGGGGUCCUUCCGGUCUCUGGCCAGCAACCUGCUGCAGAUGCGCCAAAGCCCAACAAGAGCCGGACUCCUGUCGAAGGCGACAAAGUAAUCAUUCGAAGACUCCCGCCUGGCAUGACGGAACAAGAACUAUGGAACAAUCUCGGCGACGAGUGGAAGGCAGGAAAUGGUCUUGUCAGCUGGCACAACUUCGCUCAGGGAAAGAUCUCACAAGACCCUGCGAAACCCUCAAGGCCGGGGCGAGUCUAUCUCCACGUCCUCAAGCGCGAGAGUCUCAACACUCUGUCAACGUUGAUUCAAGCGAAAUCGUGGGAGGACGCCAAGAUGACCUCCAACAGCCCGUCUCUGGUCGGCCCUCCGGUUCUCGAGUUUGCGAUUUACAACAAGGUCCCGGGCGGUAAGAAACGCACCGAUCCUAGACAGGGAACGAUCGACCAAGACCCUGAGUUUAUGUCUUUCCUUCUGUCCUUGACGAAUCCCGAGAUGGACAAGGAGAACGAGGGCAGCGAGAGCAAGGAUGCGGAGGAGUCGAAGCCCGAGGCCAAAGUCACGACGACGCCUCUGAUCGAGUACAUCAAGGAGAAGAAGGCGAGCAAGCAAAAGGAAGCGGCUGCCGCUAAGAGCGCCAAGCAGGCUCGGCAGGAAUCGAAUACGAAAGGCAAGGCGCCGGCAUCGACGGCGGACGAUUCGAAGAAGGGCAAAAAGGACACCAAAGGCGAGAAGUCGGCCGACAAGCCCAAAGAGACGGUCAAGAUUCUCACCAAGAAGGCCAACGCCGAAGCUGUCAAGGCUGCUGAAGCUGCCGCUAGCCAGAUCGCUCAGGCCUCUUCAUCAUCUCAGGACGCGCCCAAGAGCCGGCGAGCUGGCAUCGCGGCGGCCGCUCGAAUCCUGCAAAGAGAUCUUGGCAUCAGUCCUGGAAGUGCUCAUAGGAGGGCACGACUCGACGCUGCCAAGGCCGAGGCAGAAGCGAAGACGACGACUACGGCGACAGCUACGACCAAAGAACCAGCGCAACCCGCCGCUGAACCCGCAACACCUGCUCCGGCACCUGUCGCCGCACCAGCUCAACCAUCUUCGGCGGCUUCUCAGGCAUCGGAGCGGAGCACAACGCCCACUGCGGCCAAAUCAGGUCGUUCUCGCAGAGGCGGUGGCGGCAAGAACGCGGGGGCCAGCGAGUCCAAGGGCAAGUCAACCGAAGCCAGCUCCAACGCACCAGCACCACCCGCCAAGGCUCCUGUCGUAUUGCUCAAGAAGAAGGACGAGGAGAGGAACAAGGAGAAGGCUACAAAGGCUGACAAGGCUGACAAAGAUGUAUCGGGUUCGGCAUCACAGGCCGCCGCGCCGUCGACGAACGCCAAAUCUAACCCCCCGGCGGCCCCAAAGUCCUCAGGCAAGGGAGGCAACUCCAAGAAGAGCUCCGCGGCCGUUACCCCCGGUGUGACACGAGGCUUUGUCAAGCACGCGAACCCCUCGCAGGGCGUUACUGAGGCGCUCCUGAAACAGGCGAUGGAGGUCUUUGGCACCGUCACGUUUGUCGAGAUCGACAAGCGCAAGGGCUUCGCCUACGUCGAUUUCUCCGACCACGCAAGCCUUGUCAGGGCGGUCGCCGCGAGUCCUGUUCAGGUUGCCCAGGGCACCGUUCAGGUUCUCGAGCGCAAGGAGAAGAAGGCCGCAGCACCCAACUCGAACACGAAGGCGGAGCCUGGCGGUGCUAACGCCGAGUCCAGCGCCGCUGCGACGAGGUCCAACUCAGCCGCGCCGUCGGCGUCCGGUUCAGCCAAGAACGCGACGCCGUCCGAGAAGCCCGAGAAGCCGGAACACCACAAGCGCACCAGACGCGGUCGCGGUGGCGGUAAGGCCGCGGCGAACGCGUCGGGCAGCAACAGCGGCAACAAGGAUGCCUCAGCUGCAGGUACGGGAUGA